AUGACCCUCUCACCGCAAGCGGGCAAGAUAUCCAAUGGGAGCAGGAUCAAAUCCACUGAGGUUGGAACUGAUUCACUUCUUUGGUUCAGCGUACAUCACAGACAGGAUGCUCUCGUCCAGCAGACCAGAGUGAGCGUCGAACCCAUGGUCCUUGGAAGCGGUAGCUCCCAGGAUCCUGGUCACAGGGGUAAACAGUGCAAUGGGCUCCGGAAUGGUGGGGGCUUGGCCCCGCGGCAUGCGACCUCCUGGUCCGGAGUUCGAGACGCGCUGUCCUUCGCGGAGAAGUGUGCCCAGCCAUCGGCUCUCGGCUUGCGACCCCCUGUCGGCUCCGAAGACUGCCUCUACCUCAACGUGUACGCGCCGGCCACGGGGAGCGGUCCUUUCCCCGUCAUGGUUUACAUCCAUGGCGGUGCCUUCGAAGCUGGGUCGUCUUCCAGCGGCACUCCAGACUAUUUUGUGGAGAAGGGCGUUGUAAUGGUGACAACCACCUAUCGUCUCGGUGCUCUUGGUCUCUUCAGCGGUGUGAUCAUGGAGAGUGGGGUAGCGACGACCCCCUGGGCACUGACAGAGAAACCCCGCGAGAGGGCGUACCGGAUGGCGGAGGCGCUCGGCUUCCAGGCACACAGCGAUAACCACACUGACAACGACGACGCGCGGCUGGUUGCCUUCCAUCGCGCCGCCAACUACUCAGACAUCGCCGGUGACUCCGAUAUCGCUCUCUCUGAUUUCGAGAAGCGCUGCCCAGGGCAGAUAGCUUUCCCCCCAGUCGUGGAGCCAGCAUCAGACUCUGCAGUGAUCACCGAGCCUCCAGUUGACAUCAUCAGGGCCGGCAGUUACAACCAGGUCCCCAUCAUACUGGGCGUCACUUCCGGAGAAGGAAUUGUCGGACUCUUCAUGUCUCAACUGCUGACAGAAGCGGGGCAAACCGACAUGAAGGAGAACUUCACGGCGCUGAUCGGCUCCCAGCUGCCGCUGCCCACGGAGGAACAGCGGACUCGUGCGGCGGAGCAGCUGGAGAAAUUCUACUUCGGGGACGAGGGCUUCUCCAUGGAUCAGAUGCAGGCAGUGGUUGAUGUAAUUAUAACACAUUCUCUUAUGGCUGCGGAUACUUGCCAUAUCGUGUCGAAUUGGCUACAGUCUCUGUCUCCUGUAUAA